UGGUUCUACUCAAAUUAAUUAGUCCAUUAUCAUCACAAUGCCUAACUAUAUGGCAUAAAAUAAAUGCAAUUUUAACAAACCUAUAUGCUUCAAAACAAACAGCUGAUCAAAUGAGAAUAAUACAAAAGGAAGCAGAAAAGUUCUGUGGUCAAUAAUGGAUGUUAUAGUUCAAGAAGACAUGUAUAUGUAUAAUAAUUCCAAGAAUCAUGAUGAACAAAAGCUACCACUUUUGCACAAUAUUAUGGAGGUGCCAGAUGAUGCAAAGAGAAGCCUCAUUCAGAGAGCCAUGAGUCAAGCAUUUCAAAGCACAGCUCAUUUGGCGAAUCUCUUACCAACUGGCACUGUUCUCUCUUUCCAAUUUCUGUCUCCAAUUGUCACAAACCAAGGAAACUGUGACUUGGUUUGCAAGUUCAUGACUUCUAUGCUUGUGGCUCUUUGUGGAGCCUCUUGUUUCUUGCAAUGCUUCACUGAUAGCUUCAGAGAUGACAAGGGGAACGUUUGUUAUGGGCUUGCCACAUUCAGGGGCAUGUGGGUCAUUGAUGGAUCAACCACAAUUUCACCUGAACUCGGCGCGAAAUAUAGAUUGAAGCCUAUUGAUUUCGUGCAUGCUGUGAUGUCAAUUUUGGUUUUUGCAGCAGUUGUUUUGUUUGAUCAGAAUGUAGUGAGUUGUUUCUUUCCAUCACCUUCAAAUGAGGCACGGGAAAUCUUAACGGUGUUGCCUGUGGCCAUUGGGGCUUUUUGUAGCAUGCUUUUUGUGGCGUUUCCUACACAGAGACAUGGAAUUGGUUUUCCACUUUCAACAAAGUAAAAAGUUGGGUCAUUUCUGUAUUUAUUUGUAUGGACCAUUUUCAAGAGUGUGAUUGAUUGGGUAAUCAAUUCAAUUUUAUUGUUCUGUAACACAUUAUAUGUAAAAGGAAUUCAAUUGAAUUUCAUUGUUACCAUGAUAAUGGUCUUACUGAUAUUAGA